UCUUCUAUUAGAUAAGAGCGCUAUUUAAACACUCCAGCAGAAGCACACACAUUUCUAGUUUGGUGAAGUUCUUGACCGCUUCACUCUCUCAUUCUUGGCAAGAAUUUGGAAAUGACUUUUGAUGACCUCAAGACCAAAACGAUGAAGGACCAGGCUGAUGAGAAGUCAAAUGGAAAGAAAACUAAAGGUCUUCAGUUUCUUUCUUCUCCAUGGUGGUGCCCAGUUGCUGUGACUCUAGGGGUCAUUUGCCUGGGAUCAUUGGUGACAAUUGUAAUGCUGGGGAUGCGAUUAUCCCAGGUGUCUACCCUCCUAAAGCAGCAGCAAGCAAACCUGACUCACCAGAAAAACAUCCUAGAGGGACAGAGCUUAGCCCAGCAACAGGCAGAAGAAGCUUCUGAGGAGUCACAGAGAGAACUCAAGGAAAUGAUAGAAACCCUUGCCCGGAAGCUGGAUGAAAAAUCCAAAGAGCAAAUGGAACUUCAACACCAGAACAUGAAUCUUCAAGGAGCUCUGAAGACAGCGGCAAACUGCUCAGUUCCUUGUCCUCAAGAUUGGAUCUGGCAUGGAGUAAACUGUUACCUGUUUUCCUCUGGGCCAUUUAAUUGGGAAAAGAGCCAAGAGAACUGCUUGUCUUUGGAUGCUCGGCUGCUGAAAAUUAAUAGCACAGGUGACCUGGACUUCAUCAAGCAAGCAAUUUCUCAUUCCAGUUUCCCAUUCUGGAUAGGAUUGUCUCUAAGGAAACCCAGCAACCUGUGGCUCUGGGAAGAUGGUUCUCCUCUGGUGCCCCACUUGUUUAGGCUCCAAGGUGCUAUUUCCCAGAUGUACCCCACAGGCACCUGUGCAUAUAUACAACGGGGAGUAGUUUUUGCUGAAAACUGCAUUUUAGCUGCAUUCAGUAUAUGUCAGAAGAAGGCAAACCUAUUGACAGCACAGUGAAUCUGAAGGCUCUGGAAGAAGAAAGGGCUUUGAAUUUUUUUUUCUGGAAUUUGAGCUAUUCUUCAUCACUUGGGUGUCAAGCACGAGAGCCCUGAGAACUGCUGGUUAUUAUUAGCUGGCUGCUGAACUCCUUAACAGAGACUCAGGUCCCAGCUGCCUGGACCCUUUCUAUCAAAAGUUUUGUUUGCAUCCAUCUAUGUCUUUCACCCAGCUUGCUCCAACCCUCCCUGCCAGCUUUCAGUCCCUCUUCCUUUUUCUGUUUUAAAAUUUGGCUCCUCUCCAAGCUUGGAAACCCUCCUCACUCACUCUUCUCAACCUCUGGGUCACCGUCCCCUUACCCUCCUAAAACUGCAUAGAAGAUGGAACAUUGAAGGGCUUGCCCAACUGCAGGCGGAGAGCAAAAAAGAGGAAAUACGCCUAGGAAACUGCACAUGAAAAAAUGGAAAAGAGCAAAGACCACACUGAAACCAAGACACCGUCCUCAACUUUAAAGGCCACUGCUCUUCGGUUUUUAAAUUGUGGUCCAUUUCCAGACUGCACCAUGCACGUUCACACACAUACACACACCGUGUGGGGACAAGAGGGGAGACCCAGGCAGUAAUUAGUAAGUAGGUGAUCUUUUCUGUGAAGCAAUCCUCAACCCAUUAUCUCUUCCUGAAUCAGUUAUUAUUUCUUCAUCUUUUCUCUACGAAAGAACUGCUUAAUAGCUUUAACCCUUCAAAACAGCACUUGUUAGAGUCAUGGGAUGUGUGGCCCCAAAGCAAACUAGUAGAAUUUCUUUUUUUCCUAAAAGCACAUGCCCUUUGUAAAUGACCUUUUCUCAACUCUGUUAUGCCAUGCUAUAAUUCAGAAACAUGCUAACCCCAAAAAAUAAAGACACUCAAUUCUAGAACAUACUGAGCCAGGUAUGCAAAUAUUGCUGAAUAGGAACAGAUGGAAUUGAAAUAUCCCUUCUAUUUUCAGUGCUUCUAUUUCCUUUCCACCUCCCGUUACAGGCUUUUCUACUUCAAAGGAAACCUUUCCAUUCUGCUGCACAUAAUCCAGCAGUACGCACAUGUGCACACACGCACACACAUACAGCACUAACAUUCUUCGGAAGACAAGAGAUUUUUUUUUUUUUUUUAUUGAGACAGAGUCUCACUCUGUUGCCCUUAGUAGAGUUCUGUGGCAUCACAGCUCACAGCAACCUCCAACUCUUGGGCUUAAGGAAUUCUCUUGCCUCAGCCUCCCAAGUAGCUGGGACUACAGAUGCCCACCACAAUGCCCAGCUAUUUUUUGGUUGUAGUUGUCAUUGUUGUUUGGCAGGCCCGGGCCGGGUUCGAACCCACCAGCCCUGGUGCAUGUGGCUGGUGCCCUAACCACUGAGCUACGGGCGCCAAGCCACAAGAGAUGUUUUAUUAAUAGUCUUAUUGAGAUGUAAUUGACAUGGUAAUAAACUGAACUUAUUGAAAGUGUACAAUUUGAUAAGACUCACACCUGGUGAACAUGCCCAUCACAAUCAUGAUAGUGAACAUGUCCGUCACCCUUCAUGUUUCAUCAUGUCCCUCCCCAAUGCCUUGUCCUCAGAAACCCACCAAUCUGCUUUCAGUUUGUAUUUUGUAGCGUUUUAUAUGAACAGAAUCAUGUCCUAUGCCAUUUGGGGGGAUCUAGAUUCUUUCACUAUGCAUAAUUAUUUUGAGAUUCAUAUAUUCUGUUGCCUGCAUUGUUCAUUCUUUGUAAUGUUGAAUAUCUUGUAUGAAUACAUGUACGUAUUACAAUUUAUUCAUUUGCUUGUUGAAAACAUUUGGGUUGUUUCAGGAUUGGGAUAUUACAAAUAAAGCUGCU